CAGCAACAGAGUGAACACAUUGACAAUAAUGAUAUUCGAGUCCCCAGACCCAGUCCCUUCCAACCUGCCUCCCUCGGGAAGGAUCGUCUACGACCACGUCCUCCCCGAAAAGACCGCUUUCGACCCCAACUCGCCAGCGUUCAUCGAUGGGAUCACGGGGAGGAUCAUCACCCGGGCAGAGUUGCGUCGAGAUACGCUCAGAUUGGGUCAAGGGAUCCAUGAGCUCAAGCCUAGAAAUGCCGGACGGGAAGGAAAAGAACCCGUCGUCCUGAUCUUUUCGCCCAACACGAUGGACUACCCCGUCCAAUUCCUCGGCGUGCAAGCGGCAGGAUGUAUCGCUUCCCUCGUCAACGCUUCUUACUUGACGGACGAGCUCGCCCAUCAGAUCAGGGACGGUACGCCUUUCCUCAUAUUCAUCCACCCGACUCUGGUCGAGAUACUGGAAUCGGCCUUGGCCCUGCUCAAGGCGGAAGGACACGACACGGCAGCGAUCAAGGUCUAUUCGACUUCCUCGGAAGGCAUCUCGUCGGACAAGGCCGACAAGCAUCAUUACCCGAGUUACCAGACCCUCUAUGCAAAAUUGACGAGCAACAUAGCAGUGGGGUACGGCCGAGCCGAAAUGUCGGCACAGGAAAUCGACGAUACACCAGCCGUGCUCUGUUACAGCUCUGGAACAACGGGCAGGUCCAAAGGCGUCGUAACGACCAACAAGAACUUCAACUACUUGUCCGCUCUCUGGAGCGCGCAUGUGAAUGGCCACAAGGUCUCCCCGGACAAGGACAAGUAUGUGUCGGUCUUGCCUUUUUACCAUAUUUACGGGCUGCUGCAAAUCCUCAUCGCGCCCCUGGUGGAAGGCAUCCCAGCGGUGAUCCUCCCACGAUUCAUGCCCGAGACCUUCCUGGACGCCGUCUCCCGCUACCGGAUCACCAUCGGGAUCGUCGUCCCUCCCAUCCUGCUCAUGCUCGCUCAUCAUCCGCUCGUCGCGAAACACGAUCUCAGCUCCUUGCAGAUGCUCAUGUCGGCGGCAGCUCCGCUAGGCGAAGGGCUGACGAACCAGGUGCUCGAUCGAUUGAAGAAACAAGGAGGCGAAAAGGCCAAGGGACUCAAGAUCACCCAAGCUUACGGCCUGACCGAGACGACGGGAGCUAGCGUGAGCUUGAAGAUGCAGUUCGUAGAGAAGAAAUUCGGGUCGGUGGGUACGCCCUACGCGACGUUUCAGUACAAGGUCGUCGAUGACGAAGGGAAAGACUUGUCACCGGGUGAGACGGGAGAACUCUGCAUGCGAGGACCGGGGAUCAUGAAAGGCUAUUGGAGGAACAAGAAGGCUACCGAGGAGACUUUCUUGCCGGGGCCGGAGAGAUGGUUCAAGACGGGCGAUAGCGUGCACAUUGACAAGGACGGCUUCAUCUAUAUCGUCGACAGGAUCAAAGAGUUGAUCAAGUACAAGGGAUUCCAAGUCGCACCCGCCGACCUGGAAUCCCUCUUGGUGACCCAUCCGAAAGUCGACGAUGUCGCCGUGAUCGGAAUCUACUCCGACGAACAUGCUACAGAGUUGCCUAGGGCCUAUGUCGUCCUCUCCAAAGACGUCGCGAACCAGGCUGAAGCUACGCAGGAGAUUGCGGACUGGGUCGCAAAGCAGGUCGCUGGGCACAAACGCCUGCGAGGAGGAGUCAUUCCUAUAGAUGCCAUCCCCAAGAGCGCGGCGGGCAAGACAUUGCGAAGGCAAUUGCGACUCUUGUCGGACGCCAAGCCGGCGACCAUGACAUCACAGGCGUCCAGAACGAGCAAGCUAUAAGAAGUGAAACAUCAGUCCAUAUUGUGAGAAAAGGAAAAUUUGGUCGAAUUCUGAAGUCAUCGUUGUAUAAGCAUAUGAAUGUGAUUGAUUACCAAGCCUGAC